GCUGCGGCUCCUCUUCCCACAAUCCUUGCAAAGGCAGGGAAGUUGUAGCGGCGGCGGGCGACGUUACAAGAGGCAGGAGCCUGGCGCUUGGGGCUGCGUGCAAUGGGUUAUUGUUUGUGGGCUGAGGGCAAGGGGCAAUGCGCGGGGUGGAGAUUUGCAUUUCCCCUGCUGUGCCGAGAAAGCCCCACUCAUGCAGGGUCGGUGUAUAGAAAGAAGGCGGCAUAAAAGCAACAGGGAGGUGGAGCCGGCCGGAGCGAUUGCUGCAUCUGCUACCCAGGGAAGCGGGUGGGGUGGGGGGAGACCGAACCCAAGAAAUCGGAGCAUGAAAUUCCUGGCAGGGUUUGUCCAAAAGACCCCGUCGCGCAAAGGCAGGGAAGGGAGAAGCAGAGUAAGGAGAAGAUGCAACUGGUGUAACUGAGUCACCUUCUGUCGUACCAAUAGGCACAUUUCCCUUCCGAGACACUUUACGGAGCAGAUGAUGGAACCUGCUUUUCCAGCUUGCUGACUGGAAGGGUUUUCUUGGUAAUUUUUUUUAAAUGCAACGCAUUUCCCAGGCGAUGAAGCCAGACUACUGAUUUUGCUUGGAAAGAGGAAAGCUCUGCAAAGAUUUUAAGCUUUCUUUCCAUGAAACAGUGCCCAAAAGACUUGAGUAUCUCUUUCUUUUAACUCCACAAGCUCCAAAAUACUAGCCGCACAAAAGCGGGUGAGAGAAAGAAACAAUUCAAAAGAAGAAAAUUUGGAACUGGUCCAAGGAGCGAGCGAGCAGCCAGCCAGCCAGCCCGUAGGCGUGACGUUGCAGAGUUUAAAGGGGGCAGAUGAGAUCUAUCGGACGUUGAUCGGACGAAGAGGCUGCUGGAGGUGCCUGGGAUUCGGAGCCUCUCCGGGAAGAGACCGCUAAAGAGCGAAGGCGAAGAAAUCAUGCUGCUGGCUUCCGCCGUGGUGGUUUGGGAAUGGCUGAACGAGCACGGUCGAUGGAGACCCUACAGUCCGGCCGUGAGCCACCACAUCGAGGCGGUGAUCCGAUCCGGGCCGAGAGUUGGGGGCAGCGUCGUUCUGGGCCAGGUGGACAAUAGGCUGUCGCCGUAUAUCAUCGACCUCCAGUCCAUGCACCAGUUCCGCCAAGACACGGGGACCAUCCGUCCGGUGCGUCGCAGCUAUUAUGACCCCUCCUCAGCCCCAGGAAAGGGUGUGGUAUGGGAAUGGGAGAACGACAACGGCACCUGGACCCCCUACGACAUGGAGGUGGGCAUUACCAUCCAACACGCCUAUGAAAAGCAGCACCCCUGGAUUGAUCUCACUUCCAUUGGCUUCUGCUACAUCAUUGACUUCAGCACGAUGGGCCAGAUCAACCGCCAGACCCAACGCAAGCGCCGUGUCCGUCGCCGCCUUGACAUGGUCUACCCGCUGGUCACAGGCACCUUGCCCAAAUCUCAGUCAUGGCCAGCAAGCCCUGGUGCAGCCAAUGUGCCUCCUGCUCCUGCUCCUGCUUGCACUUGUCCACAAUGCCUUCUUGUCAUGAGCAUAAAGGCAACAGUGGCAGCUGGGAGCAAUGGAGGAAUUGGAGCUGCAGCUAGCCAGCAGCCUCAACCUCCACUGCCACGUAAAGCUGUCUCUCUUUCUGGCAGCACCAAAAUCCCCACACCAGCAUCAGUUCACAAGCCACAAGAUGGAACAGCCACCAUGCGUAGCUCUCUGAAGACCCUUGCGUCCCAAGUGAGCCGAAGGCAGGCAGUUAGCACACCUGCCCUCACCAUGAGCAAUUCCUCUGCCAGUCCUCCUAAUGCCAACGGCAAAGUGACACGCGCCAGCCUUAAUACAUUGAACCGAACCAAUCUGCAGCGCCUAGCCAUCGCACAGUCCCGUGUUCUCAUUGCCUCAGGUGUCCCUACGGUUCCUGUAAAAAACCUCAAUGGCUCAAGCCCAGUUAAUCCUGCCCUAGCAGGAAUCACAGGGAUACUUAUGAGCGCUGCAGGGCUCCCUGUCUGUCUGACUCGACCUCCAAAGCUGGUUCUGCACCCCCCUCCAGUCAGCAAGAGUGACAUUAAAUCCAUCCCCGGCAUCUCCAAUACCUGCCGUAAGACUACCAAAAAGCAGACCAAGAAAGGUAAAACCACAGAGGAAGUCUUGAAAAAAUACCUGCAGAAGGUACGCCAUCCUCCAGAUGAGGACUGUACCAUCUGCAUGGAACGCCUCUCUGCUCCCUCCGGCUACAAAGGGCCGCAACCGGUCGUUAAGCCAGAAUUGGUGGGCAAACUGUCCAAAUGUGGUCACAUGUAUCACCUUCACUGCCUUGUGGCCAUGUACAACAAUGGAAAUAAGGAUGGGAGCUUGCAGUGUCCGACCUGCAAAACCAUUUAUGGGGUGAAGACUGGCACCCAGCCGCCUGGAAAAAUGGAAUAUCACCUCAUCCCCCAUUCACUGCCAGGACACCUUGACUAUAAAACUAUCCGAAUAAUCUACAACAUUCCACCAGGAAUACAGGGACCAGAGCAUCCAAGUCCUGGGAAGAGUUUCACUGCCCGGGGUUUCCCUCGACACUGCUACCUCCCAGACAGUGAAAGAGGCAGAAAGGUGCUGAAAUUACUGUUGGUGGCCUGGGAUCGAAGGCUGAUCUUUGCCAUCGGCACUUCAAGCACCACUGGAGAAUCUGAUACGGUCAUCUGGAAUGAGAUUCACCACAAGACGGAAUUUGGGUCCAAUCUGACGGGCCACGGCUACCCUGAUCCUAACUAUCUAGACAAUGUACUUACUGAGCUAACAGCUCAGGGAAUUACAGAGGAGAGUGUGAUGCAGGAGAAGGACUGAAAGUGUGAGAGGAAAGGGGAAGGACUUUGUCCAAGGGAGGAGUGACAAGUAUAGCAGCGUGUGCAUGGAUCAAGCUCCUCCCUCUUCCAUUGUGCCUGCUCUGUCCUUCAUCCUCCUACCGUAGGCCUCUUAAAAGGCUCAGCUGUGGCUAUGCAGCAGUGGGCUUGCUUAAAUGAAGAACUCACAGCCAGCUCUCAUAUGUGGCCCACAGCACCUGACGUAUAAAAAGCAAACAAACCUGAGAAGGUUUGUGUGUUCCUCUUCAGCAUGAGGAGGAGUUUCUUGUUGAAGCCUGAGGUUAUAUUAACCUCAGUACCCAUAGCUACUUUAGCUUUGUAUCUCAAAAAACAGGGUUCGGCCCUCUCUUGGAUGCAGUCACAUCUUCUGUCCAUGAACCAUAAACGAUGGCUGUGGGCAACAGGCAGCUUGGAAUGGCAGAAUCAUGUGCAAGUCAAAAAUAUGGCUUUGUUUCAGAGGUGUAGAACAUUGAAACCAGCCCUCUCGUUGUUGUUUUUUCCUUCUUUCUUACCCAGCUAGGUGCCUGGUUCCAUGUUGUCAUGUCCCUGCUGCUUUUGUGUCAUGGGCUCUGUGUGAGUCAUGAUAUACGCUGUCUGCCGGUCUGGUACUUCACUCCCUGCCAGCUUCCUUUGUUGAGAGGCUGCAUCUAUAGUUCCCACCGAAGGUAGUUGAGCAGGAGGCCUGCUUAUUGCUCCUUCGCAAAGUAGAUUGGAAAUUUGUUCUCUUGAAUGCAUUCCAAACUGGGUCAAUGCAUGCCAAAUCUCUGCGGCCCACUUCAGAGUGGAUGAGAGCAGAAUGAAUUAAUUGCAGCUAGUAUUUGAACUGAAUGUGAAAUAGGGGCAAUAAAUCUCCUGGGCCAUGCCUGUCUCCCAAAGCCAAGCCCGGUUUUUGCUCUUGUAGCUGGGUGUGCUGGAUCAAGCUGGGCUUCGGUUGAACGUGCCAACUAGCCCUCUGGGUCAGAUCGCAUCAACUGACUUCCCAGAUCAAUGCUGAGCUGUGUGUCCCAGUUUUGUUUGUGAAUUGCAUCAUUGGGGAGGUUGUUCUACGUCUGAUCUGUUUCUGUUGGGGGUUAUACUCAACAGAGAUCAGGGGGGCGGUGAGGGAAAGACACUUCCUGUCUUUGUCCCCACAGUUCAUGGUGGGUUCUUUGAACUUUCUGUACGGGGGAGUCCCCUGAUACCAAUUUGAAUUUAUUUACCUCAUGUUUGGGGGAUUUGUCACAUAUAUUGUGUGUGGGUGUAUGUAUGUAUGUAUUUGUAAUGAAUGAGAAAGCGACUUUGAGGGUAGAAUGUGUAACACAAUGGUACUUAAAAGUUAGACCUGGAGGCUAAGAACUGCCAUUACCAUUGCUAUUGAUUGCCAUGGUAUUAAAAUAAGACCACCACCACCCCCAUUUUGAAAGGGCUAGGCCAGGAUUAAAACCAUGAGUCUGGUGAUUGGAGCAGGCAGGAUAUGAAUACAAUUAUCAAUAGAUCUAUAUUGUACCCCUACGUUUAUUUGAUUUACAUAUCCUUCACUCCUCACUGCUUUCAUUUCCAUUAGUCUUGAGGCACUAUAAAGAUCUCAACCAGUGAAGUGGGUCCAGAUGACAGCAUAAAAGAAAUGAGCCUCUUUGUGGAGUUGACCAUAAGAGUAUCCAUGUGGGUAAUGACUGCAGCGUGUAAAUAUUCAGGACCUCCCAAAGUUCUCAUUUUUAUUGGUAUUCCCUUUCCAAGAAGAUGGAAACACGCUCAUAGGCUUGAUUUCUUUGGAAAAAUCAAAGUAUCACAAUCUUCUCUUUUUGGACAGUCUGAUAUAGAAGUUAAAACAAUAUCCUGCUUGCUCUUUUCCUAGUUCUCUUCUAACAUUAAAUUCUUAAAUCUUCACCAUAGUAAUAGUCAAAAGGGCUAUCAAAAAUUCUGAAGCGUCAAUCAUAAAAUUGAAAUCCCCUUUGCAGUGAAUAAAUGAAUAGAGCAUUUCUCAGCUGGAUCUGCAGUUUCAUAUAUCUUGUCUUAAUAGACAAGUAUAACAAAUUUUCCCUUUCAAGGUUUCUUAAUACCACCUUUCCCUUGUACCAAAUUUCCUCUAUAACCAUGGCAUUCCUUCAUAUGCAACUUAAUCUCCAAGAUAAGGGAGAGGGUUGGCAAGAUCGUUUUCCUGCCACCAGCGUCUCCCAAUGGAAGGGAGUCAAUUCGCUUUUUUCUUUUGUAUUGUUUUGGGCGGAUUGGUUUCUUUUUUCAACUCUCCAGAUUUUUUUUUUAAAAUUGCAUUGUAGCGCAUAAGCAACCUGAUGAAAGAUUUUUGUCAGGAAUGAUAGUUUUUGGUUUCCAAGUUUUGGGUCCCAAAGCAGAUUGUGUGGGUGCGCUGGUAGUGGGAUAGGGAGCGGGAGGGCGGGAUAUGGGAGCCAUAUUGUAUAUUGUUUGUUGUUUGUGAACGGUGCGUUUUGCCCGUCUCUUAGUUUGUUGCCUUGCUUGAGGAUGGCACCCUUGGGGUGUUAACAAUAAAAGGAAAAUUCCACUGCCAGUUUGAAUAAUGUUUUGUGUUUGUCUUUUCUAAGUCUGUGCUUCUGUCUGUUACUUAUUUCUUUUUGUUUCAAAAGUGAACAUGUACAGUUUACUUACCUGGAGAACUGGUAAGGGAUGGAGGGCUGAGGGAGGUAUUUUUUCAAUCACAAUAAAUGUUGGAAAAGCAGUUCAACAGAAACAAACAUGUGUUGUUCACUACAAUGGAAUAAGUCCUAAACCGUGUAGUACAAUAUAAUCAUUUGGGGAUAAAUCGAAAUGUCCCACUUCAGUGUCAGAAAAUGAUGUGAAUGAGAAAAAACAAAAACCAAUUGAGUUAUAAAUAAACUUGGAACAUAUUUAUAGAGAGGUUCAUUGUCAAGGACUGUAUAAGGCUUUCCUGAGGGUUUCCGUGACUGCACAAUUAGCAGAAAUCAAAGCACUUCUUUUUCCUCAAGCUACAGUUGUAAUGCUGGAGAAAUAUGGGAUUGCAAAGUGAUUGCAAUAUCAAAUGUGGGUCGGAUACAAACAAAAUCCAAUUCAGGCACCAGAUCGAAAGAGAAUUGAAUUUUUUUUUGGUUCUUUUUGCUUUUUGAAUAACUUUUUAAGGCAUUUCAUACAACUUGGAAUUAUAUUCUGUUCUAUUUGUUUCCUUGACAAGAACCCAAUAUGUCAGACAGCCACACAGUUGCUGUUCUUACUACAUUAGUUUUAAUUAUUGCUGUUAGUUGGGAGUUGUUCUCUCUCUGGUUGCCAAAAAUCUCGGAAAUUAAUGUGGAGUAUCUGUGAAAAUUCAGGGAAAAAACCAGGGUGGGGCUCCUUUGGGCUUUCAAAUUCAAGAACAACUUUACAGCUGUUCAUUCAUCUCCAUGAUCCUCUAGAUCAGUGGUUCUCA